GAAUAUCUGAAAGGCUGACAGAGAAUUUUCAUGUGCAAUUUUGAAAUGGAGAUCUUAAGUGAGAUUUUUUUUCCUUGCCAAAAUUAGCCCCUCUCCCUCUUUAUAUAUAUAUAUAUUGAAAAGGAAAUGUUUUGGUUGCUUUGUAGUUGAGGCAGCUGACAGAUAUCUUCCAAAUGGAAACUUUGGCCAAUGAGACUGAGACAUGGAUGGGAGGGAGCCACGGCAACAGCACCUUCCUCCCUUACUACCAGCAUUCUCCUGUCGUUGCUGCCAUUUUUAUCGUGGCGUACCUCAUUGUCUUUCUCUCGUGCAUGGCUGGAAACUCCUUGGUCUGCCUGGUGGUGAUGAGGAACCAGCGCAUGCGGACUGUCACCAACUUCUUCAUCUUCAACCUGGCCAUCAGUGACCUGCUGGUGGGCAUCUUCUGUGUGCCAACCACUCUGAUGGACAACCUCAUCACAGGAUGGCCUUUCAACCAGGUUAUCUGUACCAUGAGUGGCCUGGUCCAAGGGAUGUCCGUCUCUGCUUCUGUCUUCACCCUUGUGGCUAUAGCUAUGGACAGAUUCCACUGCAUUGUCCUGCCUUUCCAAGAGAGGCUCAGCCUUGUGAAGGCCAUGGUUAUUACUAUUGUGGUGUGGCUCCUGGCUAUAGCCAUCAUGUGCCCUUCUGCCAUCGUGCUCACUGUUGGGCGCAUGGAAGACCACUAUAUGGUGCUCAGUGAUGGCAAGAACACCACCUACCCACUCUACACAUGCUAUGAAGCCUGGUCGGACAACAACAUGAGGAAACUCUACACCACCAUCCUUUUCAUCCACAUUUACCUGGUGCCCUUGACUCUCAUCCUGUUCAUGUAUGGAAGGGUCUGCCUGAAACUCUGCAGUUCCACGGUGCCUGCCACCAAAAGCCCAAUUAGUGCUGUCAGAGCCAACGGCACCUUUAAAAAGAGAAUCAAGGUCAUCAAGAUGCUGAUCUUGGUCGCUCUCCUCUUCAUGAUCUCCUGGCUGCCCUUGUGGACGCUGAUGCUGCUGGUGGAUUAUAAUAAUUUGGCUGACGAACACCUAGACUUGCUGACGGGUUAUUUCUUUCCUUUUGCCCACUGGCUGGCAUUCUCCAACAGCAGCAUCAACCCCGUCAUCUAUGGCUACUACAAUGAGAACUUCAGGAGGGGCUUCCAGGCUGUCUUCAAGUUCCAGCUUUGCUCCAAAGAGAUGACGCACCAGGAGACUUACUCUGAGCAAUCGCGGGGGCCCACUGGCUUCGGGAUGUGCAACAAAGUCUUUGCAGAGGCAACCUCUUCUAAUUCAACGUCCUCGCAGCACACUCAGAACAUGGCCCCUCUCUUCUCUAGAAGCGUCCAACUCAAGUGUCCUGGCCUUGGCUUAGAGGACAUUGAUAAGAUAAUGACCUAUCAUGGUGUUAACCAGGCUUGGGAGAAGACAGAAACAUAAAACUGCUAAAAUCAGGGUGUGUGUAUGUUUAAG